AUGGCACCUAAACAAACCAAGGCAGAGAAAAAGAUCGCUUACGAUGGGAAGCUCUGCCAGCUUCUGGAAGAAUACGGCCAAAUCCUUGUGGUGAACGCGGAUAACGUGGGAUCCAACCAGCUCCAAAACAUCCGCAAAGGCCUCCGCGGUGACUCCGUCGUCCUCAUGGGGAAAAACACGAUGAUGAAGCGUUCCGUCAGGAUACACGCAGAGAAAACAGGCAACAACGCAUAUCUCAACCUAAUCCCCCUCCUUGUCGGCAAUGUGGGAUUGAUUUUCACCAAGGGUGACUUGAAGGAGGUCAGUGAGGAGGUUGCUAAGUACAAGGUUGGAGCUCCUGCUCGCGUUGGGUUGGUUGCCCCAAUUGAUGUUGUUGUUCCUCCUGGCAACACGGGUCUUGAUCCAUCUCAGACCUCUUUCUUCCAGGUUCUGAAUAUUCCAACAAAGAUUAACAAGGGUACUGUGGAAAUCAUUACCCCUGUGGAACUCAUUAAGAAGGGAGAGAAGGUUGGAUCUUCUGAAGUUGCAUUGCUUGCUAAACUUGGCAUAAGACCUUUCUCAUAUGGGCUUGUGGUUCUUUCCGUCUAUGAUAAUGGGUCUGUAUUUAGCCCUGAGGUCCUUGAUCUUACCGAGGAUGACCUCAUUGAGAAGUUUGCCGCCGGUGUUUCCAUGGUUACUUCUCUUUCGUUGGCCAUCUCAUUCCCAACACUUGCAGCUGCCCCACAUAUGUUUGUGAAUGCCUAUAAGAAUGUCCUUUCUAUUGCCAAUUGUAUGAAAAAUGCAAGCAAUCGGUGUCAUUAA